GGGAUGGGAGGAGGCACGUGACUGAAUCGCCGCAUACAGUUGUCGUGUGGCUGAAGAGUGCGAAUAAGCAGCCUGAAAAAGGUGGCCAGAGGAAGGGAGACGUCUGUGCACUGGCUGAGAGUGAAGAAUGGCAUCUGAGUCGCUGUGGAAUCCGCUGCCACACUCCAUAACACCAGAAGAGGCUGCGGUGGAGCCGGGCCUGUGCUGGGUGACCUUUGAAGACGUGUCCGUGUAUUUCACAGAGGGCCAGGGCACUCUUCUGGAUCCGGAUCAACGGGCCUUGUAUCGGGAUGUCAUGCUGGAAAAUUAUGAGAACCUGGCCUCACUGGGUUUUCCAGUCACCAAGCCUGAACUCAUCUCCCAGCUGGAACGAGGGGAAGAGCCAUGGGUGGCAGAUGCUCAGGGCCUGGAUGAGACGGAGAAGGUCAACAUCCAUCCAGGUCUUUAUGGAAUGAAUCACAUGGGCACCAUGUGCGGCCAAGAUUUUAUGGAAAAAUCAAGCAGUGCCCAGAAUCCCAAUGUCCAUGGAGGAGAGAGAUCGUUUGAAUGCUUGGAGUAUGUAAAGGAUUUGGAUCAGCAAUCAUAUUUCUUGAACCAGCCAAGAAUUCACACAGGCAAGAAAUCUUUUCAGUGCUUGGAGUGUGGGAAGUGUUUUACUCAAAGAUCAAGUGUUUUGAUCCAUCAGAGAACCCACACAGGGGAAAGACCGUACAAGUGCUUGGAGUGCGGAAAGAGCUUUGCUCGGAAUUCUCAACUCACACGGCACCAGGGAAACCACACAGGCAAGAAACCAUUUAAUUGUACAGAUUGUGGGAAGUGUUUUGCUCAGAAAUCUCAUUUCGUGAUCCACCAGAGAGUACACACAGGAGAGAGACCAUAUAAAUGCUUGGUGUGUGGGAGGUGUUUCUCUUCCAAAGCAAGUCUCAUGGGCCACCAGAGAGUUCACACAGAAGAGAAACCCCAUAAAUGCUUAGAGUGUGGGAAGUGUUAUUCUCCUAAAUCACGUUUCAUGGCUCACCAGAGAGCUCACAGAGGAGAGAAACCAUAUAAAUGCUUGGAAUGUGGGAAGUGUUUUUCAUCCAAGUCAUGGAUUAAGCAACACCAGAAUGUCCACAGAGGGGAGAGGCCCUACAAGUGCUUGGAGUGUGGGAAGUGUUUUUCAUCCAAAUCAUGGUUUGUGGAACACCAGAGAGCCCACACAGGAGAGAAGCCCUAUAAGUGCUUGGAGUGCGGAAAAUGUUUUUCUUGGAAAUCAUGUUUGAGGUCCCACCAGAGAGUCCAUACAGGAGAGAAGCCCUAUAAGUGCUUGGAGUGUGGGAAGUGUUUUUCAUCCAAAUCAUGGUUUGUGGAACACCAGAGAGCCCACACAGGAGAGAAGCCCUUUAAGUGCUUGGAGUGUGGAAAAUGUUUUUCUUGGAAAUCAUGUUUGAUGGCCCACCAGAGAGUCCAUACAGAAGAGAAGCCCUAUAAGUGCUUGAAGUGUGGGAAGAGUUUUUCUUGGAAAUCAAGGCUUAUAGUCCACCAGCAAAUUCACAGAGCAGAGGAUCCAUAUAAAUGCUUGGAGUGUGGGAAGUGUUUUUCAUGGAAAUCGGAUGCCAUUGUCCAUCAGAGGAUUCACACAGGGGAGAAACAAUUUAAGUGUCUGGAGUGUGGGAAGUGUUUUAUUAAGAACUCAGGUCUCGUAUACCAUCAAAGAGUCCACACAGGGGAGAAACCAUAUAAUUGCUUAACAUGUGGCAAGUAUUUCAGCCAUUCCUCAUCCUAUGCCAAACAUCGGAGAGUCCACACAGGGGAGAAACGAUUUCCGUGCCUGCAGUGUGGGAAGCGUUUUGUUGAGAAAUCUGGUCUCAUAUGCCACCAGAGAGUCCACACAGGGGAGAAACCAUAUAACUGCUUAAAAUGUGGCAAGUAUUUCAGCCAUUCUUCAUCUUUUGCCAAACAUCAGAGAGUCCACACAGGGGAGAAACCAUUUCAGUGUUUGGAAUGUGGGAAGUAUUUUACUCAGAAAUCAAAUCUCUUGAGGCACCAGGCUGCCCAUACUGGAGAGAAACCCUAUAAAUGCUUUGAGUGUGGGAAGUGUUUUGCCCAGAAAACGUAUCUCAUGACCCACCAGAGAGUCCACACGGGAGAGAAGCCAUAUAAAUGUCUGGAGUGUGGGAAAUCUUAUGCUUGUCCUUCAUCCUGUGCAAAGCACAUGCGAGCCCACACAGAGGAGGAUCCCCAGAAAUGCUUGUGAGGUCAGAAAUGUUUUGCGCCUCAUUCACACCUGAUGGCCAGCAGAGUACCCACAUAGAACAGAAAUUGUAUAAAUGCUUUGAAUUCUGAGUAUUUUGUUCAGAAUUCAGAGCUACUGAGGCAUCUGAAAACUCAGACAGGAAAGGAAGUUUUUUGACUGCUUGGCAUGUGGGAAGUGUUACUCUGUGAAAUAUCUCAUGACCCACCAGCGAGUUCAUACUGGGGAGAGGGCCUGAAAGUGCUUGGAGUGCAAGAAGUUUUUUGCUUGGAAAUGACAUGUCAGGAUCCACCAGAGAGUUGGCUCAGGGGAAAUGUCAUAUGACUGUCUGGAGUGGGGAAAGUGUUUUGCUUGGGUUCAGCCUUUGUGAACCAUCAGAGUCCACACAUGAUGAAAACCUUACAAGAGCACAGACGUGUGUUCUAAAAACAAGUAGCUUGUAUUUAUAAGUUUACCAUAUUUGAUUUUUGUUUUACAAAAUACCUGAUUUCAAGGUCCUGCCACUGUCAAUCUAAUGUGGGCACCAAUCCCAUAAUACCCAAGGGCAAAGUCUGGAACCGAUGACCUGGAUUCCUUUCUUCUUUUUGAAGAUUGCCAGUGAUAGAUUGUCUGGCACUUCUAUCUUCCAUCUGAUGAGAAAGCCUUAAGGGUGACAAGCUGAAUUCUUAUACUGAGAGAACAAAUCAUUUAGUUUUUAUGUAGUAGCAUCUGUUAUCGAGAUCAUAUCCUCCAUAAAAAUUAUUUGAUGAUCAGA